GUCAUAUAUUUUACAUAACUUUGACACUUGACAUAAUUGAAGGCAUUCAGCUUUCAAACGCUACAAACACGGUUAUCUAUUCAUUUUAUACAUUUCUUAUUAUUUUUUCUUAAAAACAGGAUUUUACAGUUUCACACAUGAAACUCGAAAUGGAUGAUAUGGAUGAUAGUACUAUUUGUGAUUCCGUGUCCUCACUGGUGGAAGGAUGCAGGCUUCCAGUACAUAUGACAGGAACUAAUGAUUGGCCAUUAGCAGAAAUUAUCAGUAUAAGAGAUUCUCCUGGUCCUAGAGGAUAUUAUGUACACUAUGUUGAUUUUAAUAAACGAUUAGAUGAAUGGGUUACAGAAGAAUCACUUGAUACACGAAAAGUACAUUUUCCAAGAAAAGAUGCAGGUGGAAGCAAUACGGGUGUAUCCACCCCUAAGAAAGUACAAAUUGGAGGAGGAGGAGUAGUAUCUAGGCCUUGUUCUCCUGUAAAUAAUGUAGAAUUACUGAAUGGCAAUGCUGUAUUAGCAGCUGCUUUGCAAAAACGUAUCAACCGAAAAAGAAAAGGCCCAUCAUUAGAAAGUGAAGAUUCCCAAGAACCUCCCCCAAAUAUGGUGGCUGGACCGAGGCAGUCGGGCAGUAUGGUAUCUCAUCAUGAUGAUAUAGUCACUAGAAUGAAAAACAUAGAAUUGAUAGAACUAGGAAAACACAGAAUAAAGCCUUGGUAUUUUGCUCCCUACCCACAAAAUUUUUUAUUCUCGGGAUCAGACGAUAAUCCGAAGAAUGUAAAUCGGGAAAUGGUAAACCUUGACUGUAUUUAUAUAUGUGAAUUUUGCUUAAAAUAUAGGAAAAGUAGAAAAUGCCUGGAACGUCACUUAGCCAAAUGCAAUCUUCGACAUCCUCCUGGCAACGAAAUAUACAGAAAAGACAAUAUAUCUUUUUUCGAAAUAGAUGGAAGAAAAAAUAAAGUAUACGCCCAGAAUCUAUGUUUAUUAGCAAAAUUAUUUUUAGACCACAAAACGUUAUAUUAUGAUACGGAUCCCUUUUUAUUUUAUGUUAUGACUGUCUUCGAUAAUCGAGGCUUUCACAUAGUGGGAUAUUUUUCAAAAGAAAAGGAAUCAACAGAAGAUUACAACGUGGCAUGUAUUUUAACUAUGCCACCUUAUCAGAGAAAAGGAUAUGGAAAACUACUCAUAGAAUUUAGUUAUGAAUUAUCUAAAUUCGAGGGCAAGACAGGAUCACCUGAAAAACCUCUCUCCGAUUUAGGCCUAUUGUCAUAUCGAAGUUAUUGGGCGCAAACCAUCUUAGAAAUUUUACUUUCUAUGAAACCAGUUGGAGAAAAUGAAAAACCCCAAAUUACAAUAAAUGAAAUAUGUGAGCUUACCAGUAUAAAGAAAGAAGAUGUUAUAUCAACAUUACAGAAUUUGAAUCUAAUAAAUUACUAUAAAGGGCAGUAUAUAAUUACUUUAGGCAAAGAAACUAUACAAAGUCAACAAAAAGCUAUGGAAAGUAGGAAAAUUAGGAUAGAUCCAAAAUGCCUUCAUUGGACGCCGAAGGAUUGGGGGAAAAGGGCAAAAUGGUAAUAAUAUUUUCAUUAAAUAAUUUAUUCUCAUUUGAUAUCUUUUUUUUAAAGCCUAGUUCCUGUCCUACCCAACCAUUCUUCCCGAUUCUUUUCUGAAAGAAGUACUUGUCUACCAAAAUUCCAAUGAAUUCUGCUAGAGGAUGCAAUCCUUGAAAAUAACCAGUUCCUACUCCUACUCAGAAUUUAACCUGUGACAUAAUGAAAUACAUUUUCAUACUAUUGUGAUAUUUAAUAUUAAGAAUAAAUUGUUUAUUUCUGA